UGUACCGCAAAAAGCGGAUGUCCGGUUGACUAGCGGAAGUUGUCUACACAUUUGUCCUGUCCUCGGUGGCUUGAGCUUGUUCGUUGUUAUGUCGAAUCCUUCUCCGAAAGUAAAACCGUCUGCGGCGGCUAACCCGCGAGUCUACCUGGAUGUCAGCAUCACGGGGGAGAGAGCUGGACGAAUAGUUCUGGAGCUGUUUGCUGAUGUCUGUCCUAAAACAGCUGAGAAUUUUCGUGCUUUAUGCACUGGAGAGAAGGGAAUUGGGCCAACCACCGGAAAACCUCUGCAUUUCAAAGGCUGUCCUUUCCACAGGAUUAUAAGGAAGUUUAUGAUACAGGGAGGAGACUUUUCUAAUCAGAAUGGAACUGGAGGAGAAAGUAUCUAUGGAGAGAAAUUUGAAGAUGAAAAUUUUCAUUACAAGCACGAUCAGGCAGGAUUGCUGAGCAUGGCCAACGCAGGGCCAAACACCAAUGGUUCACAAUUCUUCAUCACAACUGUGCCUACACCUCAUCUGGAUAACAAACAUGUGAUUUUUGGUCAGGUGCUAAAAGGAAUGGGAGUAGUAAAAAUGCUGGAAAAUGUUAAAGUGAAAGAUGAGAGGCCUGUAAAGCAAUGUUCUAUAACAAACUGUGGUGAGAUUAGAGAAGGUGAUGACUUGGGUCUGGCUCCUGCUGAUGGAUCAGGGGAUGCAUAUCCAGACUUUCCAGAAGAUAUUGAUGGAGGUAUGAACGAUGUUGAUAAAAUUGUACAGAUUGCAGAAGACUUAAAGAACCUAGGGAAUAACUUCUUUAAAUCCCAAAACUGGACAAUGGCAGACAAGAAGUAUGCCAAGGCUUUAAGAUAUGUAGCCACUCUAAGAGAUGAAAUUGAUAAUGAAGAAUCAAUGGAGAAGGACUCGAUUAAAAAUCUGGAAUCUAUUUUAUUAAGCUGUAAUCUGAACAUUGCUGCGUGCAAGCUGAAACUUUCUGACUGGAAUGCUGCCAUUGAAAGCUGUGAUGAGGCUCUUGAAAUUAAUCAGUCAAACACAAAGGCACUUUACAGAAGGGCUCAGGCUUGGCAAGCAAAGAAGGAUUAUGAUCAGGCUCUGGAUGAUCUUAAGAAAGCUUGGGAAAUUACACCUGAAGAUAAAGCUAUAAGCAAUGAAAUACUCCGAGUGAAGCAAAAGAGAAAAGAACUUAAAGAGAAAGAAAAGGCCACUUAUGCAAAAAUGUUUGCUUGAUAAAAUGGUUUUGGUUCAUAAUUCUAAAUUAUUCAUUGGGCUUCUGUUUUGUCUUAAUCUUCUGAGGACAGUGUUGGGUUGUUUGUUUGGAUGUGUAGUCUGGUUUUACAGACAAGUGAGCGCUGACUAACAAAGAUUGGAGACUAACAUUGUAGACAAAAGCUGAGAUUCAGCUGUGCUGCUGACACCUUAUUUUCAAAUGUCUGUUGCAGUGGAACUGUUAAAGAUAUUGGUUAUUAAAAUAAAUAUCAAGAACAAA